AUGCAGAGUACGCAUUUGAGCGACACAGCUGGGUUCUUUGGGUAUCUGGUCAUUCCAGUUUUGCCCACUAAGCUGGCGUAUUUGGAUUCCAAUACAAAUCUCUUCCGGAUUGCCCUCAUUGCCGGUAUCACAUCACAUAUUGGGUAUUUCCUUCAUGGGGAGCAUCACAGAGGCUCCUAUCAAAUUGUCAAGACAUACAUUGCUCUUGAAGUCAUCAUCGCCGGGCUUCUUAUCCGGAAUAAUGAUCAUGAUCUCAAAAUGUCCGCCCUCCAGGCCGCUAUUGUGACCACCGCAUACUUGCUAGGCCUUUUUGGUUCUAUGGGUCUCUAUCGAGGAUUCUUCCAUCCCCUUCGUCGGAUUCCAGGGGCUUUUUUGGCUCGAUUUUCCAAUUUGUAUCACUCCUCUUUGCUAGGGAACUCGGAUAACUAUCGCGUUCUCUACAAUCUGCACAAAGAACAUGGUCCGAUUGUACGAACUGGUCCUUCCAAUUUGAGCCUGAACUCCCCAGAGGCAGUCCAGUUACUAUACGGACCAGACUCGCAGUGCGGCAAGACUGCAUGGUAUGAAGUUUCACGACCAUUACAGAACCUGCACACUGUCCGUGACAAAAAGGUGCACGAGACCCGUCGGAAGGUCUGGGCUCGUGCAUUCUCACCCAAGUCAUUGACCGAAUAUGACGGACGCAUCGCCGAGUACUCGGAUUUACUAUGUCGCCAAGUUGCGAAGCUAAAUGGGAAACCGUUCGACGCAACGCGCUGGUUCAAGUAUUAUGCCUGGGAUGUGAUGGGCGAGCUCGGCUUUGGCAAGGGAUUCGAGAUGCUGGAAAACGAAAAGAACCGCCACGUACCAGAGCUACUCGAGGAGGGGAUGGCCCACAUCGCACAGCUACAGGUCGUUCCCUGGCUAAUUAUUUUACUGCACAAACUCCCAUUUGCCGCUAAAGGUCCUAAACAAUUUGCAACCUUCUUCACAGAGCAGGCUAUGCGUCGUGUCAAGGAGCCUCCUACUAAGCCCGAUGUGCUCAGAUACCUGGUUGACCACUAUAACAACAGCCCGAAGGCGGAUUCUGACUUCCAGUGGCUCCGCGGUGAUACCAGACUAUUUGUCGUGGGCGGGAGUGACACCACUGCAUCAACCUUGACGCACAUCAUGUACUACCUUGCUAGCCAUCCGGAGCAACUCGCAAAACUCCGCGCCGAGGUCGAGCCACUCCUCGUAGGCCGAACUACUCUGGAUCCAAAGGACGUCGGCGAGGCCAAGCAUCUGAAUGGUAUCAUUCACGAAGUCCUUCGGUUGCACCCUCCCAUCCCGUCUGGCUUCCCGCGACUCACGCCGAAGGAGGGUAUCGUGGUUGAUGGGACCUAUAUCCCCGGAGGAACGACUGUGACGGUACCCCUUUGGGUGAUGGGACGUUCUGAGGAAGUCUACGAGUCCCCGCUCGAGUUUAUCCCCGAACGCUGGUAUUCUCGGCCAGAAAUGAUUAAACAUAAGAAUACGUUUGCUGCCUUUGGUCUCGGUCCUUACGGAUGCAUUGGUCGAGCAUUGGCGCUUAUGGAAAUGCGGAACGUAAUUUGCCAUAUUCUUUCUCGUUUCGAGAGUAUCGAAAUGGCUCCGGGUGAGGAUGGUUCCUCACUGAUGAACAUGACCAAGGAUCACUUCACGUCGGGUAUUCAAGAAUUCCAAAUGGUUUUCAAGGCCAAAUAG